GUCGAACUCGCGCGUCCACAGCGUGAGAGCGCAAACCCAAGAAAAAGGUGAUUCUAGCUUUAAACUUCGUCCAUUAGCAAGUCAGGAUGCGGAAUAUCAUUGAAGAGUUCCUCCGACCACAAUCACCUGUGUGGCCGGAGGUCAAGCUUUUUUUGAGUUUGUGUAAGACCGGUGCCCAAACGCUUCCCAUGGAAGUGCAAGUGGCGAAUAUUAUGAACGUCCGCAGAGGAUUGAAGAGGUUGAGUCGUAUACGCGGUGACGAUGAUCCUCUGGAGGUCCAAGCUUUAUUUCAAUGGAUAAACGAUCGAUGUGAAAUCGCUGGCGCGUUUUGUCUCCAGAGAUUGAAGAUCGGACAUCAGGUCAGCUGGAUAUGUGCCUUGUUGGCAAGUAUCGCUCGUAUCCGACAAUUUUUCUUUGAAGUCCUAGAGAAGAUGAAGAGCAGAAGCGCGAAGCGAAAGCUGGACUCUGUAGAUACGGGAACCCCUCUGGACAGAAGCGCCUUCAACAAAAUUCGGAAAACCUCCGAUGACCGAGUCCCUCCGACGGCCCCCUCAACUCCCACGGACUCGCUAAAAAUCGAAGCUUCAUGUACCCAGAGGACGACAUGCGAAGCCGCGAGAAAACACACAUCAGCAUUAGCGGCGCAAUCGAGUGAGCCGUUGGAUUCACGGCGUCGCGAAUCGAAAACAGGAGAUGGAUCCGAGAGAACCAACGACAUCGCAGCCGUGAAAAAACACCCACUAAUGGUCAAACUGAAAACCGACAUCAAGAACUUGAUAGACGCUCAUACGGAUGCUGACAAAAAAGCCUCACUGAAGAAAGUUUACGGUAUCGCACUCAAGAGAUCUCUAGCUCUGCCUGUGACAGAUGAGAGCAUCAAGAAAAUUUAUAAACUCGCCAUGAGAAAAGCAAGAUCGUAUUGCGAGUGAAGAUACCACCUCACCGGAUUCCAGUCAGAACGCACUGGAACCGAUUGUCCUCGCCAGGGGUUCCCCGUCGGGGAUUGUUCGAAUAGUUCAUUGUUAAGGCUGGGAAUAAUUCACGGCAUUUUUCCCGAAAAUUCACGGCAAUUCUCACCCCCCAUUGACUUCCUAUGGAGGAUCGCCUGAGAAUACCGUGAAAAUUCACGGCUUUUGGCGCGAUCGCGUCAACUUCCCAGCCCUAUUCAUUGUAUCUGCAUCCAAAUUACUUGUUGAUUAUCGCUUGCCAUGGAGUCGGUGGAAGGGCUAUGCGAUAGCGAAUAAAGUCAGGCAGAGGUCACUAUGCUCGACGAGGUUCAAGUUCUCCCAGUGAUAAUUGAAAGGAGGAGUCGGCGCCGCGAUUCUCUCCUCCCGGAGUCGGGAGGACUCUUUCUUGAGGGAAAGCAGAAU